GGAGGUUAGUCUAGGUUUUUCGUUACAAAGCGAGAUUGAAUCGUGUACCCUCGGUUGUCGUGCAAGUGUCAAAACACGUGUGCAGCGAUAAAACAGCAAGGACUGUUUGCGACUAUAUAUAUACAAACCGUACUGCCCCGCGAGGACCCCAUCGUUCCAACCACACGCAAGAAAACAGCUAAGCUCGACCUCUUGUUGCUCAAGAUGAAGACAGCCAGUUCGCUGGUUUUGAUUACCUUGGCAGUCACGUGUGUCGUGUGCACGUCGCCUCCAAACUGCGCUAACGUCGACUGCGCCGCUGUCACGUGCAACGCCGUCAAUUGCAAGUGUGGCACCUACAAGGACGCCUGCGGGUGCUGCGACGUCUGUUACAAGUGUCCCGGCGAGGUGUGCGUUCCACUCUACAAUCACCGCUGCACCGAACACCACGACUGCGUGCUCGACAACUCAAACGUGCGCAUCGAGUUUGGCUCCCGGGGAACGUGCAAGCACGUGCCGCAGGAGCACGACAACACCAACUGCACCGAAAUACACUGACCGAUCGAAGCCAGCCGCUGCACGCUAAAGCGAUCACAAGAGAACGUCGGACCAUACUCUGCACCAAUAAACAGGACUUCAUCAAUGAA